AUGCUUGCCCAGAAGGAGAAGACGAUGAGUGACAGCGAAGCAAAGAAACUGGGCAGCCUCCCUUUGAGACUGGUGGAAGGACUGAGCGGACAAGCCCUGAAGAUAGCCCAGCAGCUGGAUGUGAGCAAGUUGGAUACGGCAGACGGAACCGACUACCUCAUCGAGAAGAUCUCUUCGGAACUACGACCUCGCCGUAUGCAACAAGCUCGGGAACUCUACGAGGCUGGAGCUCAGCAGGGCGGAAUGUUGUCCCGCCAACAUGGCGAAAGUAUGUCUCAGUACAUACUUCGGCGGAAGGCUUGGUACAGGGCGAUGACGGACCUCAGCAGUGACCUCAAGCUGCCCGACAUCGUCUUGAGUGAGCAGCUCCUCUUGAACUCCGGACACAGCAAGGGAUACAAGCAGAAGCCGAGGUACUACAGCGCCUUCCAUGCGGACGGCCAGGACGAGGAGAACUACUUCCCGGAGACGAACGACGACCAGCACCACCUCGACACCUCGGACUUCCUCAACGACGAGACGGACGGCAACAACGAGAACCCCGUCUACUUCUCCGAUGCAGAGAUCGGAACCUAUGCCGAGGAGCAUUUGGCUUACUUGGCGGAUGGUGGACUGGACAUGGAGGACCCGGAAGCAUGUGAGUUUGCUUCGGAUCUCAUCCAGUCCGAGCAAGACGCGUACUUUGCCCGAAAAGGAGCACAGCAGAAGGGGCACGGUGGUUUCGCGAAGAACAAUGCGCCCCCUUUCGAGAUCAGUGGAUCUAUCAGUCUUGACGACAAACGGGCGCGCCUUCGGGCGCUGAAAGCGCGAACCACCUGCAAGCGAUGCGGAGCAGUGGGACAUUGGUCGGGCGACUAUGAAUGCCCGAUGUCAAAGGGCAAGAGCAAGAAAGGUGGCGGCAAGGCCUCAACCUCCAUAUCGACCUCCUCCACUACUGGAACCUCACAGUACUCUGGAGGCAAGGGACGACCCGGGAAACCGAGUCGACCAAGAACGGUCUACUUUUCCAUAUCUGAGACCACAGCCAGCCACCCGACAGCGAACCUGGCCUAUCGACGUGAACAUGCUGCAGCCCUACAGAACACACCGCCACAGGGAUCCCCGGAGCAAGGACAAUGGUUGCCUAUGGAAACGGAUGAUCCGGAGAUGCAGGAAAUCAUGGAUGCUUUGGCCAUGGAUUCCCUAGCACCGGAACCAGCCCGCGAAAACGAGAGU